AUGAGGCGUGCCACGUUGAAGGUGGUUGUGGGCAGAGGGGCGGUGCGGUCGUGGCAGCUCCCCGCUAGCUUCGGUCGCCGGGCCUUUACCACAGCGGCUGCCAGCACUGAGGUGAAACAGAAGUACGAUUUCAUCAAUGUGGAGGACAAGGGCGAAGUGCGAUGGGUGUCGCUCAAUCGGCCAGACACGCACAACGCCUUCAACGAGCUGGUCAUCGGCGAAAUCACCGACGCCUUCCGCACCAUCCAGCGCGACGCUGCCCAAGAGAAGUUUCGUGCGGUGGUGUUGACCGGCAACGGCAAGUCCUUCUCGGCCGGUGCCGACCUCAACUGGAUGAAGAAGAUGGCCUCCUACACCCAGGUUCGUCGCCACUCUUCCAUUCUUUCGUCACAUCACCCUGAGAGGUGA